CUCGCGCCAGUUCACGUCAAUUCUCCCACAUUCUCGCAUUCUCGCAUUCUCGGUCCAUCAUGUCCUUCCACCCUCAAACGCCGCAAAGCCCCUCCCUCUCUCCCGGAACAAGCGAUCCGACGACGAGCAUGACCGGCUCUUUAGCAUCGACUACCACCACGCUGCCGACCCCCGCUCACAGCGUCAACGGAAGCUCGCUCCCUUCGGAAAUGGUGCAUGAUAAUAUCAUGGGCGAAACUUCCCCACGCAAGCGCAAACGAGAAGUUGACGACAUGGGCGACAGAGCGCAGAAGAAAGUUCACGUCAGCGAGAAGUACCUUAUUUGCAAAUUCCCGCACCCUCUUCCCCGGCCUCAAGUGUCGGAAGAUCUUUUCAAGAUGUAUGGCUUGACCAGACUCGCUACGGAGGUCGCCCGUGUGCUGCCCAACGGCGAAAAGAAUGCGCUUAGGAAAACGUAUAAAGGCCACAUCAAGAAGCUCGGCGUACAAGGUCACUUUGACGAAGUCAAGGAAGAUCCUUACCGACAAGACGGAUUGAUAGCGCUCAUGAAGACACCGCAGGAUGUUUGGGACGUUCACUUCACCCGAGGCAGGGCUAUGCAGGACGGCUUGAGCCACGAGACACGGCAGAUUCUGCCGAGAGCCAUGACUAUGGCAAAGGGCACGCCGAUCACAGGCACUUAGGAGUCUGCCGGUGGUAGACCAUGCAGCCAGCCCGUUGAGCUGCGCCGCGGGAGAGGCAGACCCCGGCCGAAGCGCACCCAGAAUGCCGCCCGAUCCGCCGCCGAGGCGAUACGCCAUGGCCCAGAAAAGAUUGGAGGUACGUCCCAAGCUGGGUUUUGCUACGGUAGAAAAAGUAUUAACA